AACAAAGCCGAUAAGCCUUUCUCUUCCUCAUCUUCUUCUUUCCUCUACAUAAUCAUUAGCUCCAAAAAACCAAGACAGUUUUGCUUUUAAGUGCAAAGUAUGAUUCUCCUGAGACCAUGUAAGGGCUUCUAUAACUCACCAUUGCUACCCAACCCUUCCAAGCUCCAAAAACGAACAAUAGCACAAACCAAGUUCGCACCCAGCAAUAAGGUAGUGGCUGAUGACAGAAGAAAACUUGCGGUGACAAGAUGUAGCGGACAAGAAGGAGAAAAGAAGACUGAAAGGCGAACUUUCUUGAGCCUUGAGGAAGCUGGGUUGGUGGAAAUUUCUGGCUUGAGCACUCACGAACGCUUCCUUUGCCGUUUAACAAUAUCGUCACUGAACUUACUAAGAGUGAUUUCGGAGCAAGAAGGAUGCCCAAUUGAGGAACUGAAUGCUGGGAGAGUAUGUGAUUGGUUUUUGAAGGAUAAGCUGAAAAGAGAGCAAAAUCUGGAUUCCGCAGUACUUCAAUGGGAUGAUUCUGAGUUGCAAUUUUGAGCCUUUUAUUUUCUAUGAGUUAAAAAUGGUCUUGAUCUUUCAUGAAAUACUUUGAAUUAAGUGUACACUGUAAGUAUUGGUUCGAUUCAAAGCCACUAAUCAAUAUACUUUUCCCCCAUUUGAAAAGGGUAGGGAAGGAUAUCA